CCCUCGUUUCUCCUCACUAAACCUCAAUCCCCGGUUACCCUCACAGCCCCCAGCCCCGGCUCCCCUCAUGCCCGCGGCCCCGCCGCAGAUGGAGCGCGGCCGCCGCGCCCGCCCGCCCGUGCCGCUGGUGUACGUGAACAGCUUCGGCUCGCACCGCUGCGGCACCGUGAUCCGCCUGGGCCGGGGCUGGCGGCAGAGCCCCGGGCAGAGCCCCCCGGGCCGGGCCGGGAGCCCGAGGGCCGCCCCGGAGCCGCGGACCGGGCGCAGUCCCCGGCCGGGCGGCAGCGGGAGGCGAGCGGGGAGCGGCGGCGAGGGGAGAGCCGGCAGCCGCAGCAGCAGCGGUGACCCUGGAGAGGCUAAGGCUGACACCUUCGACUUUCCCAUCCCUUCAAGAAACGUUGAUAAAGUCAUUAAACGAAAGAAGAAAAAGUCCAAAGUCUGGCGCAAGGUCUGGAAAGUGAUUUCAAAAAUGUGUGAGGAAAAUGAAAGGUUCAGAAGUCGACUGUUGACCUGCAGCCAGUUUGAUGGAGAAGGCUCUGACAGGAUCCAGAGGUCACAGAAUGGGGCAUACCUGGACAGGGAUGAGUCCAUCUUUGGCUGGGUGUAGCAAGGAAAUAAAGGAAGAUUCAGCCCCCCAGGAAAUAUAAACAUAGUGAAAGCUUUCAUUUUGAUCUAGUUCUUCCCGGAGUCAGUGCAAGACUGCAAAGUGACUUCAGGGAACACAGGUUCUCUGUUGUUUGCCUGGUGUUUGUGCUUCUGCUGUUUAAGAGGUUUGUUUUUACAGUGGCUUAAACAGUUCUGUUGCAAGAUAUUUAUCUCAAGCCAUUAAGUCUAGUGUUUCACUGAGCUAUUAGUUUUAGAAAGCUUUUUAAUGAGCAUAAUAUUGUGACAGUUUUCUUGCAAAAGAAGAGAUACACAUUUACUGUUGUCUCUGUAUUUAUAUCUUUUAUUUUUGUAGCUUGUCAGAAUAAUAAACACAAAUUCAGUAAGGCAGAGCUCCACACAAGACAUAAACCCCAC